AUGGGUGAUUUUCAGUGGGCUUGGAAAGUGACAAGUGCGCGCGCCGCAGGCGAAGAGAAUUUUGAGCUGGGCCUCCCGUUCACACUCGACCAUGCGCAUGCCAAGGGUGUUUUUUCUCACUUCAAUGAGAGCCCUGAGUCGAUCGUCUGCCAUCUACACAUCAAACCGAACAGGAACACGCGAAGUUACUAA